CAUAGAGAAGGGACGUAGGUACCGCCCCAAGAGGCGGAGUUAUAAGAUGACUGCUUUCACCAAUCCACAGAAAAGAUAAAGUGUAAGUGGACAAACUGAGGAAGCAAAAAAAGAGAGUUAUCUGCCAUACUGACUUUCUUUUGGCUACUUACUCGUUUAUCUAAAUAUAUGGUUUCCACAAUUACAUUUGCUGUAAGAAUUCUGCCUUCCUGCUGCCUGCAACUUUAUUAUCCUGUGUCCCUGGCAUUGUCCCUCCCCUGCACUCACAUCUCCAGCCUGGGCUACUGGAAGUUCCCCAGAGGCAGAACCAGGAAUGAAUAAAGGCAGAAGAACCGGACCCUGAAUAUCAUCAGAACCCAAUGGAAAGCUCAGCAACAGCCUCUUCUGCUGAUGGAGGUAAGUAGCCAGGGAUUCUGUUAGAGUCUAUUGGGGUGAGAUUAUCAUUUCAUUAUUUCCUUACUGGCAGGUUCCCCAGAGGCAGAACCAGAGAAAAUACAGAUAAAAAUGAAGAAAGAUGAAUUGGACUCUGGAGAUGCUGGGUAUCUGUAUGCAGCUUCCCCAUUGGCUGAAUCAGAAAUAAUACAAAUCAAGAUAAAGGAAGAAGAAUCGGCCCCUGAAGAAGACAUCAAUUCAACAGAAGCAGGUUCCUCAGAGGAUGAAGGGGAAAUAUUACAGGUAAAGAUAAAGGAGGAAGAACCGGACCCUGAGGACCAUCAGAACCCAAUGGAAAGCUCAGCAGCGCCACUUACUGAUGGGGAGAGUCGCUUGAACAAUGAACGCAAUCGAGACUGUAACAUUUCCGCAUUGAUGCAAAGAAGUCGGACCUCACACAGUUCCCUUGAUCCACUGGACACAGCCAGGAAGUCAUCGCUGGGUCGAGAGACCGACUCGGAGUCGGAUACAAGAUACAAGGAUGUCUCGGCAAGCUCCAAAGCCUCAGGGUUUAUCUGCAGUAAAUGUGGGGCAGUCUUUUCUGCAAACCAUGAUCUACUCACCCACCUGUGCGUCUGUACUGGCAGCGCCCACAUAGGAAUAAAGCCAUUUAUUUGUACUGAGCAGCCGUAUCCAAGGGAGAAACCCUUCAUGUGCACAGAGUGUGGGAAGAGCUUCUCUCGCAGGAGCAAUCUUCAGAGCCACCGAAUAAUCCACACAGGGAUGAAGCCGUUCAUAUGCACUGAGUGUGGCAAACACUUCUCCAAUAAGAGCAACCUGCACAACCACAAGAAAAUUCACACGCCUGAGAAACCAUUCAUAUGUACCGACUGCGGGAAGAGUUUCCCCGAGAGCAGCAGCCUGCGCAAACACCAGAUCAUCCACACCGGGAGGAAUGGUUACACGUGUACUGAAUGUGGGUGCAGUUUCUAUCGAAGGAGCAACCUUCACAGCCACCAGAGAGUUCACACGGGGGAGAAACCAUUCACCUGCACUCAGUGUGGGGAAAGCUUCUCUCAUAAAACCAGUCUGAAGACCCAUCUGAUGAUUCACACGGGGGAGAGACCAUUCUCGUGUACAGAAUGUGGCAAAUGCUUUACUCAAAAGUACAAACUUCUAAGGCAUCACAUGACUCACACAGGGGAGAAACCAUACAUGUGCACAGAAUGUGGGAAAGGCUUUCCUCACAAAGACACUCUAAUGAGACACCAGGGGAUUCACACAGGGGUGAAACCAUUCACCUGCAGGGAAUGUGGGAAAAGUUUCUCUCGGGUGAGCCACCUUCAAAAGCAUCUCAGAGUCCACAUUAAAUAGAGGCUGUGGAAAUAGAGAGCACUGGUGCCUAAUGGCUUUUCCGCGGUAACUACGUUAGCUAGAAUCUUGCUGCACAGUAUGCUAUGUCUUAACCAAAAAAACCUGAAAAGAGAGGGAUGAAGCUUUGUGCAUGUUGGGUAAUACCUGGGGCUGUUUUACUGAGCUCGAAAUAAAAACCUUUCCCUUUGCCAAA